AUGGCGGCCUUUUCUCCGGAACCUGAAAAGCGACAUGAAUCUCCUUUGCCAACGGUAAACGAAAGGUUGGGGCAUCUAAAGCCUUCCAGAGAGCUACUAGAAUAUUACAGAAGAAAAAUCGCGGAAUAUGAUGGCGAAUAUGAAGAGAUGGUGAGGAAACUGGAAUUAUAUAAGUGCACGUACGAAGAACAGCAUAAGACGCAGUGGGAACUACGGCAACGUGAAGAAGAGAUCGCCGAGCUGCAAAAGGCGCUCAGUGACAUGCAAGUUUACUUAUUCCAAGAAAGAGAACAUGUCUUACGGUUGUACGCCGAAAACGACCGCCUGAAAAUUCGCGAGCUCGAAGAUCGCAAAAAGAUACAGCAUCUGUUGAGUCUUUCAAAGAUGACUGAACCUGAAAUUACUUACUUUCACCAUCAGCCACCGGCGAAAGCUAUCGUCGCGCAACAUAAACCAAGAGACAAAGAAGGCGGGGGUCGAAGGCCCCUCGCCGGACGUGGCCCCGGAGGACACAAAAGGGACUCCACAGGAAAUGUUCAUCCAGCUAGAAAUGUUGCAGAAGCUGAUGACAACCAGACCCUUUUGCUUCAAAUAGAAUCCUUGCAGGCUCAACUUGAAGAACAGACAAAGCUAGCAAAGGAGCAAGUGGACGCCUUAUUCGAGGAUCGCCGAGUACAUAUGGAAGAACAACAAGCACAGCGGGAAAGAGAUGCAGACAAAAUCAAAACAAUGCAGGAAAAGUUGCGGAAAACACAGGAUCUUCUUUACGAUAGCACUAAGGAUUUCUUAGAGCUGAAAUAUGAAAUAAGAGCCAAAGAGAGGCACUGGAUGGUUGAUCGAGACAGAUUAGCUCAGGAAAUUGACCAUCUGAGAGAACAGCUUGAUGUGAGUGGUGUGAGUGUGUUAGAAGUGUCAGGGGAGGUAAUGGAGCCACGGCAAGUGCAAUUAGUGGCAGUUCAGUCACUCAGACACCAACUUGAACAGACACAGAAACUUGCAGAAAUGUACAGAGAGCAGUGUAUUGGUCUGGAAGAUGAGGUAGCGAGAAUACGAGAGAAGACUGAUGUUAGUGAAGACAUUUUCAAGGAGCGCACUGAGAAGAUGAGCAAGAGAUUGGCCCUGAUGAAUUCCAGAUAUGAAAACCUUGAGAAGAGGAGAGCCAUGGAAGUUGAAGGGUUCAAAACAGAUAUUAAAAUGCUCAGGGACAAGCUGAAAAAUGUUGAGAAGCAGCUCUAUAAGGUGACAGUUUCCAUGGGCGAUGAUUAUGAUGAACAAGUACUCAAAAAUGUGCGAAAAACUGCCGGACGAUCAAAGAAACUUGUUGGUGAACUUCACAAUCUUAAAGCUAAGAUUUAUUCCUUGGAAAAUGAUGUAAGGCAUAUGGGAUGACAAACAACAAAAUAAGACAUUUCUGCCCUCUCUUGUUAAGUUUGGUUUCAGAAUCAUUUUUAUGGCUAAUGAUUCCUAUGGAGGCAAAGUUAUAACGUUAAUUUAUAGACCUCAUUUGAACAAGCACGUGGAAAAUCAAUUACAGUUUUUAACAUCUUGUGAAUUAGUGUUAUUGUCAAAUACAUGUAUCAAAGGUACAUUUUUUUAAUGUUUGAAUAAAAAAUUGUCUUCACAGAAUAUUUUCUUGCCUAAUUUAAGGGCUCACAUACUCUCAGUUCAUGUUAUUAACACUUUUAGUUUCAAGAAUUACUUCUUACUCAUCACCUUACUUUUCCCCUCCAGAGAAAGCCAAGAAGGGGGGGUAGGCUUGUUUCCUUUACAGCAGCUGGGGGGUAGGCUUGUUUCCCUUUACAGCAGCUGGUAGAGGAAACUGUUUUAAUAAGGAGCACAACUCAUUACCAUAUUUCACUAUGCAGCCUGCUCAAUUCAAAAGUUUGUUUGCCGUCUCCCCCUUCUUUGAACCCUGAGAUGUAAUAAAUGUCUUCUUAGUCUGUACUGUAGGUUAGAAAACCUUGUUUUUUCCACCUGCAUUUGCAGUCCUUUGCAUUUGGGUUUGUAACUUACAGUACAGAUCUCAAACUCAGUAAGAGGUAUAUCUACAUCAACAUGGUGCAAUUUCAAAAAUUUAUUGAGUUCAUAACCCUAAUUUACUCAUCAAACUAAAAUAGAAUGAGCAAAUUAUUAUCAUAAUAUAUUCAGCAGGCCUUGUCCUGAUAUUAGAAUUACAAUCAGAUUGAUCCUUAUUCAGUUCUGUACUCACUCAAAAUAGUAUAUCUAGGCAAAAAUAGAUUGUUCUCAUCCCAACCACAUUUUUCAAAAAUCCUCUUUAUAAUCCUCUGUGAUCUAGAGUUUACACACCAACAAUUCAAAUUACUGUCGGGUCUAAUCCCUUGUAGUUGAUAACAGGUCCAGAAAAUGAAAAAAAAUAAUACCCUUGUUUUCCCCUUUAUUAACAAUCUUCAGUCUGCGA